AUGAAGAGGCUUCAUUCAUCUAUCAUCUUUCAGAUUACUGGAAAGCGCGGUGUAUUCCAAUGCGAAUCGUGUAAAAAGGAGAGGUGCACAGGCUGCUUGUUGGAACCACAUGAAAAUCUGACGUGUGAGGAAUACGCCAAACUCAGAAGUGACGCUGACGCAUCUUUGAUGGUAUAUAUUAGCAAAAAUGAUGGGAAAGUAAAAACAUGUCCUAACGAAGGCUGUGGUGCCAUCAUUGAAAAAGGCGAAGUGAUCAACAGUCAAAAGUUUACGGACAUCUGCGAGAAAAUCACGGAGCAAUUGGCGCAGAGUGGCCUGUUCAAUUUGAAGUGCAUCCAAGAAUGUGAAUGGAAAAAUCUUGAUGGUAAAUUCGGAUGUGUUCGUGGUCGAGGAGUAUGGAGGGAGCAGAUGAUUUGA